AUGGUAUCGGAGCCGCAGUUUAAGCGAUCUGAAUAUCAGAAAUGCUUGAUGUCGGAUCACGACGAGGCGAGCCUUACACCACCGGACCCCAAUGUCGGAAAAAAUAUUAUGGGUAACACCAAUAAUAAUGAGAAUGCUCCGAUAUCACCUCGUACCAAAAGGCUCAUGAAAUGUAUGACGGAUCACCUUCAAAUAGCAGGUAAGGGUCCAAUUAAUGACGACGUGCCACGAACCAAAAUCGAACGAGUCUCAUUUAAAACCUUUCGAAGCAGUGGAGCGACAAAAUAUACAGGACAAUCAUAUCCUGUACUUGCAAUGCAAUGGAUACAGAAUACCGAAAAGGUGUUUCGGAUCACUCGAGUACUCGAUGAUGAUAAGGUGAAGUACGCAUCCGCGAUGUUCAUCGACCGAGCACUGGUGUGGUGGGAUAAUACGUUCGAAUCUCUUGACCCAAUUACCCAAGAGAAUAUGACGUGGAUAGAAUUUCGAGCUUUAUUCUUUGAGCAAUACUGUCCAACGGACCUUCAGAGACGCCUUGAGAAAGAAUUUAUGGAUCUGAAGCAGGGAAAUAUGACUGUGAUUGAGUAUGAGACUGAAUUUAACCGAAAGGCACGAUUUGCCCAACGGUUUAUGACUUCUGACCAAGACGAGAUUGACCAUUUUGUCGAUGGGCUACGACGAGAAAUCCGUGACUUCGUUGCAAACCGUGAUAUUCUGAGUUUUGGUAAAGCUGUCGAAUAUGCUCGAUGCCGCGAACAUGAUUUAACGAUACCCGAUGAUACCGUUUCCACACCAAAACGACAAAGAACUGACAGGAUCUUUUCAGCACCGACAUAUAAACCAUCACGACUAUUUACACCAAGAGGGGCGCAGACUCAGAACAAUCCUCGUGCUCCUUCUCAAGCCUACACGUUACAGUCGAGCACACCAAGAGACUGUCGGAGGUGCGGAAAGACACACCAAAGCCGGUGUGAUACGGAUAGAUCUGUCAUUAAAUGYUUUUGUUGCGGUGAAGCGGGUCAUUACCUCGAUUUGGUGCCAAUCAUGCUUGAAAAACCUUUUAAUGUCGACACUGCGAACGGAGUAACACUCAAAGCUGAUAAAGUUUAUAAAGACUGUAAAUUAGACUUAGAUGAUCAUGAGUUCACGGUCGAUUUGAUUCCAUUGGAUAUUCAUAACUUUGCUGUGGUAAUUGGUAUGGAUUGGUUGACGAAGAACCGAGCAAAAAUCAUUUGCUCGCGGCGAAUGAUACAAAUUCCGAUGGAAAAUGGAGAAUUCUUGUAUGUCUAUGGUGAACAACGAGUGAUCGACCUGAAAUUAAUCUCCGUACUCAAGGCUCGACAUUAUUUAACUAAAGGAUACUCGUCUUUCUUAGCGUAUGUCCUAGAUUCGAUAAAGGAAAUGAAGGAGAAGACUCUGGACAAUGUACCAAUAGUACGUGAUUACCCGGACGUGUUUCUUGAAGACUUGCCUGGAUUGCCACCAGAUAGGCAAGUGGAGUUUAGAAUCGACUUGAUACCGGGUGCAGCACCGAUCGCGAAAACUCCUUAUCAUCUAGCGCCUCCAGAAAUGAAAGAAAUGAUGAAACAACUACAAGAGCUAUUGGAUAAAGAUUUCAUACGACCGAGCACUUCACCAUGGGGUGGUCCGCUUCAAGGUGCAAGGUUCUUCUCCAAGAUUGAUCUUAGAUCAGGUUAUCACCAGCUAAAGGUACGGGAGGAGGAUGUACCUAAGACUGCUUUCCGUACGAGAUACGGGCAUUAUGAAUUUCUGCUGAUGCCUUUCGAUCUCACCAAUGCCCCAGCUGCAUUUAUGGACUUAAUGAAUCGAGUACAAUUCUUGGGACAUACUGUGUCCGGUGAUGGUAUCUCCGUGGAUCCUGCCAAGAUUGAAGCAGUGCAAAAAUGGGAGCAACUCAAGAAUGCCUCAGAGAUUCGGAGUUUUCUCGGUCUAGCGGGAUAUUACCGACGUUUCAUUCAGGAUUUCUCUAAGAUUGCUGUUCCUCUCACUUCCCUUACCCACAAAGAUGCAAAAUUUGUGUGGACCAAAGAUCAGGAAAAGGCAUUCCAGACUAUGAAAGAUUGUUUGACACAUGCACCAAUUCUUUCUUUACCUGAAGGUAGUGAGGAUUUUGUAGUUUAUAGUGAUGCCUCACGAUUAGGACUUGGUUGUGUAUUGAUGCAGAAAGGAAGGGUCAUUGCUUAUGCGUCACGUCAAUUGAAGGAAUACUGUGACAGCUUUGCAUUGUGGGAUUUCAUGUUAGCACUUUAUUACCGGAUCCUGAUUGAAAACUAA